AUGAGUACAUCAAGUACCAAUAAAUAUUUAGUGACUAUAAUUGUACAAUAUUUAAUAUUACUUUUUGAUAUUUUUGUUAAUUCAUUUACAAGUUUUUCUCGACAGAAUCCAAUUAAUUUAUUGAUUCUCUAUGUGGUUCAAGAUGUUUGUCUUAUCAUAACUAUCACAAUUCUUCUAGUUAAUUUCUUUUCUACUUAUAUUUUUCAGAUAGGAUUAAUACAAUUAUUAUACACAAAAUUUCGUGUAACAUUAAUAUUAUGUAUCACAUACAUGAUAUUAAGCAUUAGUCUACAUACAUGGGACAUUAAAGCACAUAGGUCAUCAUCUCACAAAUGUUAUUGGACUAAAGAUUUUCAUAUUCUUUACUCAUUACAUAAAGGAGUUGCAGUUUUAUACUACUACUUUUAUAAGAGAGCAUCUCUUAGAAUCGCAGAUCCAAGAUUCUAUGAAAGCUCAACAUGGAUUCAAAGUCAAUUCAGCCUCUCCUAGUCAAUAUUUAAAAUUAAAAAUUACAACAAACAAAGGAA